CAGCGGCACUUGAGUCACUUCAAUUGAGCCGUGAAAGUGAGUAGGUUGACGAUUCACUGCUUGUAUCGCUUCCCUGGUGGUCGGUUACUGUUUUGUCGCGAUGGUUAUUAAGCCUCCAAGAAAGAAUAAAAAUCCUCCGUUCUUGAGUAAUGAGUUCAUCAUACAGAACCAUGGCGAUAUCGUUUCGUGCGUGGCCAUGGUCUUUGUGUUGGGCUUGAUGUUUCAAGCAACGUCUCCAAUUGCUUCAGUCUUCAUUAUACUACAGCAUGCCAUCACUACUGCAGAAAGUGAUCAGAAGAAGGCUGACUAUGUGGUGCAGUACACAAAUGGUGCCCUAGAUUGGGCUGCCAUUUUUUUCUACAGUCUUAUUGCCAUUGUUGUACACGUCAUCCUUCAGGAAUAUGCCCUGGAUAAAGCCAACCGUAAGCUGCAUCUGAGCAAAACGCGUAACAGCAAAUUCAAUGAAUAUGGGCAACUGCUCCUGUUUGCACUGUUCUCUGUUGCUUGGGGCCUGCACAUUUUGUUCAGGGAUGAUAGCUUCACUGGACUUAGUUCUCUGUGGGCCAACUAUCCAGAAGACCAUACCAAGCUCUCCUUCAGACUCAAGUUCUAUUUCAUCAUCCAGAUAGCUUAUUGGCUCCAUACUUUCCCUGAACUCUACUUCCAGAAGGUCAAGCGGGAGGAGAUGCCUGCACGCAUUACAUACGCUUGCAUCCAUCUUGUCUACAUCACUGCUGCCUAUCUGCUCAGCUUGACCCGCCUUGGCUUGGUGCUGCUGGUGCUGCAUUACCUGAGCGAGGGCACCCUGCAUGCCAGUCGCCUGCUGCACUUUGCUGAACUCACCAAGCAGUCGCAACAAGGUUUCAAGACUUACAACAUCAUGUUCGUGGGUCUUCGUCUCGUUUCUCUCAUCAUCGCCAUCAUCACACUCGUGUUUGGCUUCGGCUCCCUGCCAGCCCAGGGCAUCGACAUCGCCACUGGCAAUUUCAACUCCGCAAUUGUCAGGUACGCUUGCCUCGUUGCCGUGUGCGCCCUGCAGGCCUACAUGAUGUGGAACUUCCUGACCUUCCAUCUGCGCAAGCGACGGGAGCGCCGAGCCGAGAUUGCAGCCGCGCAGAAAAAGAAACAACAGCUCGCUAAGGCUGCCAAGAAAGCAGCUGCCAAGAAAGGAUCAGAUGAUGAAGUCGCCCUGCUCCCAGAAGUUGACCAGAACACGCGUCGCCGUCGCUGAGUGUCCCGGAUGAUGCCAGGAGAAGAAUGGAGGGGGAGCUGUUAGCUCCCAACUGCCGGUCUCGGGAGCCGAAGAGGAAUCUAUAUUGGAUUCUAUAGGCACUUGUUGCUGAUAGUAUAAAUACUAAUGUGGCUAGUCGCCACAGGGAGUGAAGAUGUGACGUAUUCCGUGUGAAAAGUUGACUCGCUUUACUUUGAACAAACGGACAAAAUGGAUGUCAACUGUUCAGUUGAGAAUAUAUUUGUUUUCAAUUCUUCGAUUUUGUUUGCGCCAAGUAUGCAGUACAAGGCGUAGAUGUGUUCGCAAUUUCAUGAUGGAACGUACAUAUGUUCAGAUGAUUAUCCGCACGUGUUUUAACAGUAUUGCUGAGCAUUUUACCUCAUUCCGUGAUUAUGUAUAAGCGCAAAGUCGGUCGCACAAUUGUUAAUUUUGAUAAUAUAAAUAUGUAUAUGGAUUAAACUUACGAUGAAGUUGAGUGUUCGUACGAAAUAUUGCUGUCAUUGGCAUAUUAACUGCUCUAAAAAUAUAUAUAUUGAAAUUGGUGAGUUAAUAAGUGCAAAUUGUAAUGGGUAGGUAAAACCGGUACAUUCAUUGCACGAUAACGUUGCGGAACAUUAAAGCCUAAUUGUUGUAAGGUUUAUAUUAUUUGAAAUAAAAUAUUCGCAAAUUUAAA